AUGAGACGACUGAAUGAGAGACAGAUGAGAUGGGCAGAUCUAUUGAGCCGAUACAACUUCACACUUCAUUACCGACCAGGGAAGCUUGCAGGGCGCCCUGAUGCACUGUCUCGACGAGAGCAGGAUGUUCCUGUAUUGGGUGAUGAACGGCUAAAGCAUCGCGAACAACGACUAUUCGAUCCUGAGAUCCUCAAGGACGGACCAGUGGAAGGAAGCAGCAAAAGAGGACUAGUUGAAGAACCCCAUCCUAUUAAUGUGUCCCGGAUCCUUCUAGCACCAGUCGGCAUGGAGCCCUAUAACAGUGAGCCAAGCGCACCUCAAGGAUAUGAACAGGCGAACGAACCUACCAAUCUCAAUAGUGAGCGACCAUCGUUGGAAGAGCUACUGGAUAUGACUCUUGAUGAACAUUGGGCUCGGGUAGAGCCACUAGAUGAAAAGUAUGGUCGUAUACGAGAAGCAGUGCAAGUAGGAGCACAUCAAUUCCCACGUGAACUGGGGAUCAAAGCCUCAAUCUCAGAAUGCUCUAUUGAACCGAACAACCGCUUGUGCUACCGAGGCCGGCGAUGGGUCCCUGACAUUGAAUCUCUGAGGACAAGGUUGCUACAAGAAACACAUGACUCAGUACUUACAGGCCAUCCAGGGAGGAGCGCAAUGUAUGCUAUCCUGGCACGAAGGGUCUACUGGCCUGCAAUCUCUGAGGAUGUCAGACGAUUUGUACGGAACUGUGACAAAUGCAGUGCCAACAAUGUAUGGAGAGACCGCCGACAAGGCCUACUGAAGCCUCUACCAAUUCCAGACCGAAAAUGGAGAUAUAUUGCAAUUGACUUCAUCGAGAAGUUACCAAUCUCAAAUGGUUAUGAAAACAUCAUGGUUAUUGUCGAUCGCCUUGGAAAAGGUGUCAUCCCCAUACCCUGUGAGAAGAUCGACACCUACACAGUAGCACAGAAGCUUAUUCAGAGUUUCAUUGGCUAUCAUGGCAUUCCAGCCAGUAUUGUAUCAGACAGAGGAAGACAAUUCACCAAUGAGAUGUGGAAGCGUUUUUGUGAGCUACUGGGGAUCAAACGACAAUUAUCAACUGCCUACCACGCUGAAACCGAUGGCCAAACUGAGCGAAUGAAUGCUACUAUUGAACUAUUCUUGCGCUCAUUCUGUGAUCACACACAAUCGAACUGGGCGUCAUUGCUACCAAUGGCACAGCUUGCAAUAUGCAGCCGGGAUGCUGCCUCCACAGGUGUCAGUCCAUUCUUCCUUGACCACGGCUACCACGUCGAUCCCUUUCAGUUAGAAGAGGAUGUUGAAAUCAACCUUUCAGCACCAGACCUGGGCACCAUGCGUGAACGAGGUGAACGAAUUGCAGCCAAGCUAAGGGGAGCUCUUGACAUCGCCACAACAGAACUGGCUGUCGCCCAACAGAAACAAGAAGACUAUGCCAAUCGUCAAAGAGAUGUCGCCCCUGAAUACCAGGUUGGGCAGAAAGUCUGGCUUGACCUGCGCAAUAUACAAACAGAACGCCCUAGCAAGAAACUGGGAAGCAGGCAGGCAAAAUUUACUGUGUUGGAAAAGAUUGGAUCCCACGCCUACCGCCUCAACACACCAGGCACAAUCCACAACGUGUUUCAUACAGCGCUCCUCCGCCCAGCGGCAAUGGAUCCCUUCCCUAGCCAACGGAAAGAUGACUACCAACCUCCUGCAGAAAUGAUCAAUGGGAAUGAAGAAUAUAUGGUCGAACGAAUACUAGAUGAGCGUUUUCGACGGUGGGGACGAGGCGAAAGACAUGAGUUUUUAGUCAAAUACAUUGGCUGGCAGGAACCGGAAUGGAACGAUGCGAGGAACAUGGAGGAUACCAUAGCAUUGGAUGACUGGGAAACCUACAAAACGAUGAAUGGGAUUGUUGUCCAAUCGGCCUUGAGUAUACCAAAUGAGCCACCCCACGCCGGGGGGCGAUCGCGGAGGCGACGAGGAAGGGGGGUAAUGUAA